ACUAGGAAAGAAACGCCGGUUAGCUCCAUUUUACCAGCGCGAAUUCGAAAACCCGCUUUUAAACCCAAAAAAUAAUUCCGCCGCCGUCUCCGUUAUCUUCCUCCUCCUUCCGCCGGCGAGAAGUUCCCCACCGACACCGCAAGCCCCGGAGGCGCAGAUUUCCCGUAAGUGUUGACCUUUUCCUUCUUCAAUCUCCUUUUGGUAUCUUUCUCCCAUGGGAUUUUUCUGUCCCGAAGAAAUGACAGGAACCUUGAGAUUUCGAAGCAAGCAGUAAGUACACGUAGAGGUGAAUCAACAAGUUGAAACUCGAGCACUGUGAAUUUUGCUGCUUAAGCUCAACAAUGGAGUUGUCUAUUCUGUAAACUGAUAGUGAACCUGACUGUUAAUUUCAGUGUUUGUUUACUUGGAAAUGGAAAACAUUUGCACCCGAUAAUGUAUUGUUGUUACUCUCUAGGUUCUAAGUUUUUUGAAUUGAAAUGAUUUCUAUUUUCAGAAAGGUGGGAAGGAGAUUCAACUUUGGGUUUGGAAUGAACUGCUUGUCUAGGUUAUCUGCAUACUCCUCAACCAUCUUUGGAAGGUCGACCAGCCAUUUCAUUGUCAAGGGCACCUGGAAUCAGUGCUCAAGCCCCCUUUGGAAACGCAGCCUUGAGCUUAGUUCCGUUAGAACUGGAAACCCGAAAUGUGUAUUUCCUAAGUUUGUCACCCGUUGCUACUCAACCGAGAAGCCCAAAUCAAAAGCUCCACGGAAAAGGAAGUCUUUAGAGCAGAAAGAGACGGAUAUGGAGAAAGAUUCUUUCUUUGUGGUGCGGAAGGGGGAUGUUGUUGGUGUGUACAAGACUUUUAAUGAGUGUCAGGCUCAAGUCGGAUCUUCAAUAUGUGACCCUCCUGUGAGCAUUUACAAAGGGGAAUCGAUACCGGAUGAAACCAAAGAGUAUCUUGCAACUUGUGGACUUCAGAAUGCUAUAUUCACUAUUCGAGCUCAAGAUUUGAAGCCUGAUCUCUUUGGCACACUUGUCCCUUGGCCAUUUCAGCAACAUGGUCAUUUCACGGAACAAAUUGAUGCCAGGGAUGGCAAAAAGGGAACCCUAGAUAUGAUGAUACCACAAGUAGUGGAAGCAGGUGGAACCACAUUGAGUAUAGCCGAUCCCUCGAAAAAGGCUGUCCGAUUGGAUCAUCAAAUGGCUACUCCGCUACGUUCUUUUGGUUAUGAGCCGGAAUUUUGUACCCUCGAGUUUGAUGGUGCUUCAAGGGGAAACCCUGGACCAGCCGGGGCUGGAGCUGUUCUACGGACAAGUGAUGGAACUUUGAUAUGCAGGUUGCAGGAAGGAUUAGGGACCAAGACUAAUAAUGUGGCUGAGUAUAGAGCUGUACUUCUUGGACUGAGAUAUGCUCUCCAGAGGGGCUAUAGAAACAUACGUUUACAAGGCGACUCCAAGCUUGUGUGCUCUCAGAUUGAUGGUACAUGGAAGGUCAAGCACGCCGGCAUGGCUGAAUUAUGCGAUCAGGUCAAAGAGCUGAAGGACAGAUUUGUCUCUUUCGAGAUUAACCAUGUUCUAAGGGAAUUCAACGCCGAAGCUGAUGUUCAAGCAAAUCUUGCUGUCAAUCUUCGUGAAGGAGCAGUUCAAGAGGUUUACGAAUAGCAGCAUAGCUACUUAAGAAGAAGAAAAAAAACUUGUUUCUUCUUCGACCUGGUUUUCCCGCUUACCUGUCCUUAUCGGGGUGGCCAAAAUAGUUGAAAGAUAGACGAAGUUCUUGAUGAGUAGAGAGGCUUUACAUUCAGCACGGGAGAUAUCAGAAAGGGGCCAGUUUUUGCAAUGUAAUUUCCAGUUCCCAUGCAGGUUUGAACAACUUAUUAUGAACACCUCGGAAGUUGAGAAUAUGGGCUAUAUUACCCUUUGAUGCUGACAUCGACAGCCAUUUCGGAUACAGUCGAAGAAAGAAAUUGCUAUGCUGGGUGUUAUCUAACUUUUAACGAACUUGUCAAGUUUGGAAUCAAGUGUCGAUGUGACAUAAUAGUUGCGUUGUUUAGCCUCGUCAACAUGUAGUCCAGAAGUGUCCAUAUCAACUCAUCAUUGUCGUCAUCCAAUCCAGCGGGACUAAUACAGGUCAUAUAGAUUGAAAUUGGGUCGAGUAAUAAAUUUAAUAUGCAUGG